GACCCGCAAAAAAAAUGUAUGUGUAGUGGCCGCUGCUAGUAUGGUACCAAUGGACUCAGAGGGAACAACUUGUCUAUAUAUAAAUGAAGCCAUCGCCAUGUCCCUUGCAUUUGCACCUUACAUCCAAGUAAGUAGUCCUCCCCACACCGCACUAGCGAUAAUUAUGUCACUCAUCUCCACAGCACUUGUGCUACUUGUUCCCCUAGGUCUUUACUUGUACAUGUGGUCCAGUACUCGUAGUAGAUCAAAUGACCCAGCAUCGGUGCUCCCCACAAAAUGGCCGAUACUAGGCAUGCUCCCUGGUCUCGUGGCCAACAUCUGCAACUUCCAUGAGUACAGCUAUGCGCUCCUCGCCGGAUCAGGCCUCAACUUCAAUGGGGACGGCCCGCCUGGGGCCGGGAUGCGGUUCUUCAUCACCUGCGACCCUGCCAACAUCCAGCACAUCUUCACGACCAACUACUCCAACUUCCCCAAGGGCGCCGAAUUCGCCGCCAUAUUCGACAUCAUGGCUGGUGGCUUCUUCACCAUCGAUGGCGAGCUGUGGCGCUUGCGCCGCAUGAAGUUCGUGGGCGUGAUCAGCAGCCCACGGUUUGCUGACCGUGUGGCAGCUCAUUGCCAUGACAAGGUGAAGGACCACCUCCUCCCGUUGCUUGCCCGCAUGGCGAGCACCAGCACUUCGUUCGACAUGCAAGAAGUAAUGGCGAGGUUAAUGUUUGACAUCACCGCCAUGACAGUCUUUGGCGUUGACCCUGGCUUCCUGUCCUUGGACAUGCCUCCGAUUGACGCCUCCCUUGCCAUGGACACGGUCAUGGAGGUGGGAUUUCUCCGACACACCAUGCCGGCCUCUUUGUGGAAGACAUUGAGGUGGCUAAAUAUUGGUCCCGAGAGAAGGCUCCACGAAGCGAACAGAGUGCUCCGCAGGUUUGUCGUGGAUACGAUGGAGAGGAGGAAGAACAACAGAGGCCAAGAUGAGGAUGAAGAGGUUGUGGGGGAUAUUUUAUCUCUCUACAUCAAUGACCCAGACUACGUUGACGAUUACUUGCUCUGUGGGACACUCAUUAGCUUCAUGCUCGCUGGGAGGGACACAAUUGGCACGACCCUGCCAUGGAUAUUCUACAGCCUCGCCCAGAACCCUAACGUUGUGUCAAUCAUCCGCAAUGAGCUCUCACCUAUUGUAUCGCACAAAGUAGCCCGCGGCAUGGGUGCCACGGUCAUCUUUGAGCCGGCGGAGACCAAAUCUCUGGUCUAUCUAAGAGCCACCUUGUACGAGACUCUCAGGCUAUACCCACCGGCGCAUAUGGAGCGCAAGACGGUGGUUGCCGAUGAUACCAUGCCAAGUGGCCAUGAGGUGUAUGCCGGUGAUGCCAUCUACAUCUCUCUCUACUCCAUGGGAAGAAUGGAGAGCUUGUGGGGUAAAGACUGCCUCGACUUUAACCCAGACAGAUGGCUCCUGGGGGAUAGCAACAAGCUCAAGUAUGUGCCGUCUAACAAGUUCUUGGCCUUCAACUCAGGCCCAAGGAUGUGCCCAGGCAAGGAAAUCGCAGUUGUGCAGAUGAAGACCAUCAUCGCCGCAGUCGUGUGGAACUUUGACCUGGAGCUGGUGGAAGGCCAGAGCAUCCAACCCAAGCUAUCUUGUUUACUGCAGAUGAAAAAUGGGCUCAUGAUGAAGCUGAAGAAACGAGAAGCGUAGCACAAACUUUCUUUUGUUGACCGGGGUUUGGGAUUUCCCAGCAUGUGUGCCACGAUUGUCUUAGAAUGCGUGUGUAGUGUAUGUGUGUGUCCAUAUACAUAUUUUCGCUUUCAUGUCGGACAACUUUAUUCACGGCAAUGGGUGGAUUUUUUUUAUGAAUAAUUGCCUGAGAAAUCAGCUAUGGCUUGGAUGGCGCAAAUGUUCUCAGAAAUCAUGUAUAAAAAAUACCGGAACAUCGUGAUAAUAAUGUAAGAUUAUCGAAACGAAUGACUGAACAAUUAGGCAAUUCAGUACAUAUAUUUUUGGUAGUGAAUGGGCAUGUGCAUCGUAUGAUGCAGAGGCCGAGACGAUGCCUCCUUAUUGAAAAAAAAAACAAUAUUUGUUGUAGCAAGCUGAACUGUUUGUUUUUCUUGCCGACCACACAGGCAUAUAUUUUUCAGCAUAUGCCUCUCUCCAUGUAUUUUUUUAGUACUAUAGUUUUUCUUUUAAUUAUAUAGUAUUUGUUACUCUGAAAAUACUUUUACUAUCUAUAUCAUCAAUCCAUUUGCAAAUCUCAAGCACCAAAUUCAAUUGACAAUUCCACAAGGAUGUUUUGGUGGCAUAUAUAAGGAGUUUUUUAAAUUUUCUGUUAUAUCAGUUUAUUGCCCGCGCGUUGUCUUUAGUGUCUUUAGUACUGUAGUUUUUUUGGCUAUAUCAGCUUCCCUCGCCAACUGCCGGCCUGUUGGGAGCGCUAGCUUCUGGCUGGAAUCGAUCGGCCAUGCCGGAAGCCUACUGAGCGUAUUUGGCUUGUUUACCUGGUGGGAUUCUUUGCCCGCGAUAAUUGGCACAACCGGAAGAUGUGCAUCUUGAUUUUCUUCAAUUGCAAAAACUUCGUUGAUCAAAUUUGGUCCAUGAAGCCCUGCAACUGCAACUCAUCCUUUGCCAUUACAGGGCUGAUUCUUAGGUAUGUGAAGAAAGGGUGGGAAGAUCAAAUCAAGGACCCCGGCAGUUACUGGAAGUUCAGUGAUCGCAGGGGGGCAGUGGACGCUUCAUACCAACAAGUGCGACCAAGAUCUGGGUUGCAGCUUAAGGAGGCCAUCCGAUGAGUGUUCUUAUCUGGCGCAUCACCAUGGAUUUCUGCUUCUACUACAUGGGCCCAUCAGCAGAUCACCGAUGUACCACUGCUGCUCAAUGUAUUCACGAUGCCUCUGGUGAAGGCCGUUGUGGGUGUGCUGUCUGGUGUGAAAGAUCUCUGGUAGAUCCUCAAGGAUGACAAGACAAUCCAUGGAAGGUGAUUGAGGGCGUGUGGGUGGAGAUGCUCUGCUUCUCCUCGGCCAGUAGGUGACAGAGGGUACCUACACGCCAAGAGUUUGGGCACCACGGAGGGGAGCUGCUCACAUAUGUUUGGCUCCUGUCACUCACUCACAGGGAUGGAAGCCUUGCCCGAGAGACUGCAGAGGACGGAGCUUUCGAGUGGACGAGGAAAUGCCGGCGCUGCUCCAUCAACUUCCCAGGCCAGCGCUGCCACUGGGGAAGCCAUUUUUUGAAAAUUGAUGUUUUUCUACUCUCCAUUUGCUUAUUUUGCUUAUUUGUGGAAGCUUUUUGUAAUUCAUACAUUGUGGUGUUCCAUUUGUCGCUGUUCCAAGUUGGGAGAUAUAUUAUAACUAUGUGAAUUUGUGAUCUGUCGUCAGUCGACAUCUCGGAGCGAACAAGAUCCACGGCCUCAUGAAGCUGCUGCUGCCCGCGCAUAUACAUCUCGGCGUCAAGAUAUACUUCCAGCUGAAUAAUUAUCUAAGAAAAGCACUAGUCCAGUUUGAUGCCUGGCAGUUUAUUGCUUCUUUUUCUUCUCUGUGUCUGUAUUACCAGUCCACCGUUCGACUCUGAUCUGAUCCGAUCUCAUCUGCUGCUGCACAAUUGUGUAUAGCUUUGGAUACAUAUAUAACAGCUGUUGGUUCAUCUCUACAGCUCUCGCUGUUUUUCUACAUGGGAUGUGAAGGAAGACUCUGGCCGACAGUAUUCAGAUGCCAAGAAGUCAUUAGGUGUAUGCCAAUCAACAUAUCACCAGCUCUUGUGUGAUUACAAAGAAAACAAAUCUCAGCUAUUUAACAGCGACCAUCUGAAAUUCAAGAAUUGUCGUGGAUCAGAGUUCAGGACUUGAGGUUAUAUUUUAGACUGAAGCAUGCGCCUAUCCAAGCACGCAUCAUAAGUUGCAGCGCAGUACAUACAUAUCCGAGCAUGUCAUAGUUUGCAACGAAUUCCAGCCCGCGGGCUACUCUAGCUGAUGCAUCUAACGUCGAUUUACAACGAUGGCGAACAAUCAUGACUACUUGCACGGUGCACAGCCACUGGACGUGAGCAAAACCAAUGGUGAAUCGUCGGUAGCCCGUGCCAUUACUGCACACAGGGAAGGCACAACGAUGCGUCGUCAGGAGUAACAUCGUCCAGCCGAAAAUA